CUGCAAGCAAAUUGGGCUGGCCUAUGGCCAGGGCCCAGUGACAAGGAGCCAAGGCCAGCAAGUGCAUCCGGCGGGGUAGAAGCUCGAUUGUCGGCAUUGAGACAUGUGCAGGGCAUUGACCCACACUCCCAAAUCUACACUCAAUCUAUUUCCAAAGUCAGCUUCAACCCUGGUCUUUUUCUCUUGUUUUAAACCUUGUGGCCCAUCCCUCUGCUUUCCAUUUUACGCUCUCCAUAAUCUCAGGUGUACACGCCAUUUCAUCUUCCAUUCCCCAAUUGAUUUUACCACUGGCAGACCAGAAUGGUACAUUGAUGAAGACUGGAAUAACAAGAAAGAUAUGGUUAAAGCUGAGACGUUGAAGAAAGAAAGUGAGAAAGAAAGAUGCUGAUGGGUUAUGAGUUCGUCUUCCUCCCUUGAUUAGCUCGAAUCUUCUUGCAUCUACGUGUCACCCCAAGCGCCCGCCCAACAGUGUCUGAACAAGAACCUUUCUGGUCCCUUUCUCAUUUAUUAUUUGCAUUAAUAAUAUUAUUAUAGAAGAAGGAGACGGAGAAGAAGAUUGCAUUGUCUGCUCGAUCUCUACAGUUCCUGGGAUUCCUUUCUAUGCUUUUAUUAUCAACCUGUCGUCUUAUUCAGAUUUGGGUUCAGAAUGGCAAGGUACAAUCUGGUGGGUGGUGGGGGUGCAGACGACUUUGCCUUGCCUUCCCAGAGGCUCAUCGAUGCGGCUCUGCAAGGAGAUAUCAACUGGGUGUCCCAGAGUUUGAUGUCCCAAGCUGUGGAUGUCAACUAUAUUGGGACUGUUAGUUUGAGAGUGAAGUGCCUGGAGUUCUUACUCAGAGAGGAAGAGGCAGAUGAAGUUGAGAUUCAGUACAGGGAUUUUGUCACUGAUGUUACUCCUCUUUUUGCUGCUGCUCAUUCUGGCCAUGUUUCCAUUGUCAGAAAGCUACUGUCAGCUGGAGCUGAUGUUAACCAGGAGUUGUUUCGAGGCUUUGCAACAACUGCUGCUGCUCGUGAAGGUCAUUGUGCCCUUCUUGACAUGCUUCUCAAGGCAGGUGCUUCUCAAUCAGCUUGUGAGCAUGCUUUGCUGGAAGCUUGCCUUUGUGGUCAGGCUAGAGCUGCGGAACUGUUGAUCCGCUCAGAGAUGAUAGGACCUUCUGUGGCUCAGCAUGCACUUGUGUCUGCAAGCAGCAGAGGUUAUGUUGAUGUAGCUGAUACUUUAAUCAAGAAUGGAGUGGACAUAAAUUGUGCGGAUAGGGUUCUAUUACGGUCUCUAAAGCCUGCAUUGCAUGCUAACAUAGAUUGUACACCCUUGGUAGCUGCUGUUGUGAGCCGACAAGUGUCUAUGGCUAAGUACUUGUUGGAGGCAGGUGCAAAAACUGAUUGCUAUGUAAGGCUUGGAGCUUGGUCAUGGGAUAUCUUCUCUGGUGAAGAGUUGAGAGUCGGAGGAUGUUUGGGUGAGCCAUAUGAUGAAGUAUGGUGUGCGGUUGAGUAUUAUGAAGCUAGUGGAAAAAUUUUAAGCCUUUUUCUUCAGCAUCAAAUUUCAUCCCUUGAAAGUCAACAACAGGGCAGAACUCUUCUUUGCCAUGCCAUUCUCUGCCAGAAUUCGGAUGCUGUGGGUGUGCUUCUUGAUGCUGGUGCUGAUGUUGAGUUUCCUAUAAGAACCAAGAAGGGGCAUGAGUCCCGUCCUCUUCAUUUGGCUGCUAGACUGGGUUGCCUUUCCAUUCUGAAACGGUUGAUCAAACAUGGAUGCCAAGUCGAUGCUAGGACUGAGACAGGUGAUACAGCUCUGAUGGUGGCUGCGAAAGCUGAUCAGGCUGAUUGUUUCUUAGAGCUAAUUAUUGCAGGUGCUGAUUUGGGUCUGAUCAACAAUAAUGGAGACAGUGCAGUGCAAUUGGCAAAGAAAAGUUUGUUCAGAUCCUCUACGGCUGAUAUCUUUCGGCGUGCAAUCAUCACUGGAACAAAAAUCUGCUCCAGCAAUCUUGAGGUUUUCUCUUUGCUGCAUUUUCUCACAGGAAUUGGUAAUACAGUGCUCCUUCAGAUGAUCCUCCAACAGUUGGGAGAAGGUAUCAGUACACAUGAUGGUUUAGGUUUGACACCCAUUCUGGUUGCAUUAAAGGCAGGCCAUAUUGAAGCUUUCCGUCUCCUUAUCAUGGCUGGGGCAGAUAUUAGGGUGAAGAGCAAAGAUGGGCAGACAGUGGUGUCUGUCCUGCAGCAUCGAGCCUAUUCUGACGAUCGAAAUCGGUUUGAAGAAAUAUUGCUUGAUGCCAUGCUUGCUCAUGUACUGACAGGCUACUCAGAAUUCAAAGCGCUUCAUUUUGCAGCACGCAUGGGAAACUCGUCUGCACUACUUCAGCUUUUGAAAAUGGGAUUUCCAAUCAAUUCUCUGGAUGAAAAUGGGUAUUCACCUCUAAUGCUAGCAGCCAAGGAAGGUCAUGCUGAUGCCUGCAAGCUGCUGUUGCAAAGAGGCGCUGAUUGUGGAAUUGUCAGUUGUGAGGGAGAGAUGGCCUUGUCUCUUUCUAGGAAAAGCAAUAAAUGUAAGAUUGCAGAGGGUGUGAUUCUUGAUUACCUGGCUCAUUCUCAUGUGCUGCUUGGGGAGAAGCUGCGCAAGCACACCCGAGAGGGAAGAGGCUCUCCCCAUGUAAAGGUUGUCCGGAUGCUCAAAUCUGGAUUGUUGACAUGGGGGAAGUCAAGUCGGAGGAAUGUUGUCUGUAAUGAGGCAGUGGCAGGACCAAGUGCAAGCUUUUUAAAGAAUAGGAGAAAGGAUGCUGGGGAAGAAAACAGGGAAGUUUUCAGGGUGUUGACAGAGACCGGGAGAGAGAUACACUUUGAGGCAGCCUCUGCUGCUAGUUUGGAACUCUGGGUUCGCGGCAUUAACCUCAUUACAAGGGAUGCAACUUCUGGGGCUUGGCUAUCAAAUACUAUGGAGGGUGCAUUAAGCUGAUAGAAACUGUAUACAGAAACUGUUGAAGUGUACCAAAUUCCUAAUAAGUAUAGAUUCAUUUUUUGUAAAAAAUAUUAUAUAAAAUAUUUUUGGGUUGAUAUAUUAUUGUAAUAUUAGACUUUCUUAUAGAAUAAGGGAAGUUGUUGGACA